AAAGGUAUGGCCACCUCACAGGACAUUGAGAAUGGAAGUGCCAGCUUGUUGCAGCCAUUUACCCAAAAAGAGGAAAAUCAACAGAAUUCGCACGGCAAUGGAAGUCUGUUUAUGGUUCUUCUCAGCACAUUUGUUGCAGUUAUGGGCUCUUUUGAGUUUGGCUCAAGUAUUGGAUUCUCUUCGCCUACACAGCAAGCUAUAAUGGAGGAACUUGAAAUGUCCUCUUCAGAGUUUUCAGUCUUUGGAUCCAUCCUGACUAUUGGUGCAAUGGUUGGUGCAAUCACUAGUGGGCGUGCCGCUGAUCUGAUUGGCUGAAUAGAGACUAUGAGGAUGUCAUCAAUCAUCUGCAUCACUGGAUGGCUCAUAAUCUACUUGGCUCUGGGAACUCUAUCUCUGAAUUUUGGAAGAUUUUUAGCAGGAUUUGGCAUUGGUGUUAACUCCUAUGUGGUGCCAAUAUUCAUUGCUGAGAUUACCCCAACACACCUAAGGGGGGCUCUAUUAACAUUACAUCAGGUUUCCCUUGCCACUGGUCUUUUGGUGGCAUAUGCAGUAGGUGCAUUAGUUACAUGGAGAACACUGGCUCUAACUGGAAUGAUCCCAUGUGCGGUUAUGAUUAUCGGGCUUUUUUUCAUCCCAGAAUCCCCUAGAUGGCUGGCAAUGGUUGGCUACCAGAAUGAGUUCCAUGCUGCACUUCAGAAGCUUCAUGGACAUAAUGCUGAUGUUUCAGGAGAAGAGGCAGAAAUUCAAGAUUCUUUGGCAAUUCUUCAACAUCUUCCAAAAGCCACUGCAAAGGAUUUGUUUCGCAAAAGAAACUUACGUUUGGUCAUUAUUGGUGUUGGACUGAUGGUUUUCCAACAAUUUUCUGGGUACAAUGGAAUUGUUUUCUAUGCUGACCAAAUUUUUACCUCUGCAGGAGUUCCUCCAAAUGUUGGAAGCAUACUCUAUGCUUGUCUGCAGAUAAUUAUUCUUGCACUUGGUGCUGUCAUAAUUGAUAAAGCUGGGAGAAGGCCUCUUCUAAUGAUUUCUGCAAGUGGAAUGCUCCUUGGCAGUCUACUUACUGGUGCUUCCUUCUAUUUGAAGGAACAUCACAUGGCUUCUGAUCUCGCUCCAGUCUUCACAAUAACUGGCAUCAUGGUUGACAUGGGCUCAUAUUGUCUUGGAUUGGGUGGAAUUCCUUGGAUUGUAAUGUCUGAGAUAUUCCCCAUCCACAUCAAAGGCAUUGCAGGAAGCCUUGUAACAUUGGUGAGCUGGGGCGGUUCAUGGGUUGUAUCCUACAGUUUUAACUUUCUCAUGAGCUGGAGUCCACAUGGUGCAUUUUUUGUGUUCGCCACAUUCUGUGCAGUAGCUAUUGUGUUCAUCUUCAAGUUGGUCCCAGAGACAAAGGGCCGUACCUUGGAAGAGAUUCAGGCUUCCGUAGAUUAGAGGACAGGAAAAAUCCUGAUGAUAGCUACAGACUACAGGAUAAUAGUCUGUAUAAUGUCAAGAAUUUUGAUUAGAAAGUAGAACUUAGUUACAGAUGUCUUUUCCUGGGGAUCAAUAUGAAGU